AUGAGCAAAGUUAAAACAGCCUAUGAGAGGUAUAGGACAGUUUUCGAGAAUCACAAGAAUCUUCUCUCGUUUACUGCUACUGCUUUAUCAUGUAUGGCAGCCUACUUGGGUUAUGUACAGAGAAUGAGACAUCAACAGAAAUUGGAGGAACAAUUACGAGAGUUGAAUCAGACAAUUUCUCAGGAACAACAAUUACAUGCUGAUAUUUCAAAUUUUGGGAAAAAGACCUCGGAUGUGUCAAUGAUUGCCUUGUUUAUGGCUAGUUCUGCAUUAUUGGGAUACUCAAUAGGACGGUUUCAUGGACGUCGUUCGGCUAUCAAACGAUUUGUGUCACUCACAUCCCCAAAUCAACAAACAACAACAUUAUCUUCAAUAGUGACACCUGGAGUGACAUCAUCAGCAUUGGAAACAGGUUCUGUUAUGGCUGGAGCUGCUGAAAUACCAUCCACCACCAACAAUAACAAAUCGGACAAAUCGGAUGAUGAUGAAACUAGCUUUUUUGAUAGAUUUAAAAAAGAGUCACGAGAUGAAAAUGAUAAGGAAGAAUCCCCUGAUAGUAACAACAAUAAUGAAAAGAGCUCUCCACUCUCAAGAGAAUAUAUGAAAAUUAAAAUUCAAUUGGAGAAGGAAACAACAAAUAGACAAAUGGAAAGAACUGGAAGAGUGCGAGCUGAACAAAAAAUCAGAGAAAUUGAACAAAAAUUGUUAAUCAACUCGACACCUUCUUCAGAAGUAGUAACAACUGAAGUUGAAAAAUCAUCAAGUUCUGAACCAUUUCCAUUUUUACCUAUUAAACCUAUUGGAUAUUUGAGAUCAGUGUACAAGACUAGAAAUGGAUGUCCUAGACAACCUUAUUAUGUAAAUAAGGGAAGAGCAAUUUUGAAACUUUUACCUCAUUGUAAUCCUUCUUCAUCUAUGGAUGGUUUGGGUGAAUACUCUCAUUGUUAUAUUAUUUUCCAAUUCAACUUGAAUACAAAUUUAACAAAAGGAGCUGAAACAGAUAGCCAAAAUGCAAUUAAAGCCAAGAUUAGACCACCAAGAUUGGGAAAUAAGAAGAUUGGUAUUUAUGCUUCAAGAACUCCUCAUAGAUAUAAUGCUAUUGGAUUGAGUAUCGUGGAAAUUGAUCGUAUUGAUAGUGAUGGAACACUUCAUUUGAAGGGAACUGAUCUCGUAGAUGGUACAGCUGUUCUUGAUAUCAAACCAUACAUUGAUGGAUACGAUAACUUUGCAAAUGUUAAAGUUCCUGAAUGGAUCAAAGAUCCAGUUGAAAAUGUUGAGAAAUUUAAAGUGGAAUUUUCAGAGCUGGCCACAACACAGCUCAAAGAACGUAUUCAUACUUUGGAAUUCUUUGAUAAGAAGAAAGAAUUGGACGAAUUUAUUGAAUUUUUAACUCAAGUAUUAUCCCAAGACAUUAGAAGUAAUUACAAAAAGACAAAGAAUAAUGAGAUUGAGGAUGAGCACGAGCUGCUUGUGGAUAGGGUCAAAGUAACAUUUACAAUUGACUCAAUCAACAAGAUUCACAAAAUUUGCAAAAUCGAGAAUGCUUAA